UCCGAAGCCGCCUGAAGCGUUCCGGCCUGAUCGUUGGGAGACGGGAGACGCCGGGGUGCGGCACGUAGCCCGGCCCCUCUCCCCCUGGCAGGCUGCGCCUCCUGUAACCCCGCGGCCUGACGGAAGCUUGAGGUGGGCGCGGCUCCGGCAGCGAGGCGAGCGGCCUAGUGGGGGCCUGAGGCGAGCCCGGCGCGGGCUCUAACAGCGGCGGCCGCGCUCUAGGCCUCGGCGCUGGCGGCGGCGAUGCUGUGGCAGCGGUUGGCUGUGGUCGAGUGGGCGGCGCUUGCCUGGGAGCUUUUGGGCGCCUCGGUGCUGCUCAUCGCCGUGCGCUGGCUGGUCCGGCGGCUGGAGAAGCGACCGCGGAACCUGGACCGUUGCGCGACACUCUCCUCUCCGUCCGCCCCGUCUGAAGCUGUGACCACUCAGCCAGGUGAAAUGACAAUGGAUGCCAUGUUGGCUCGAUUGAAACUCCUGAAUCCAGAUGACCUUAGAAAAGAAGUAAUGAAAGCUGGAUUGAAAUGUGGACCCAUUACAUCAACAACAAGAUUUAUUUUUGAGAAGAAAUUAGCUCUGGCUUUACUAGAGCAAGGUGGAUUGCUUACUUCCUCCCUUCCCAACCACAGUGAGGUGACUGCAAGGCAUCCUGCAUCUGUGGAAGGGAAACAAACUCAGCAGUCUGGCAUUUCUGAAGACAAAGAUUUUGGCUACAGUGUGGGCUUGAACCCUCCAGAAGAGGAAGCUGUAACAUCUAAUGCCCACCCAGUACCUUUCAGUGCCUCUGCCAAGAAUGACAACCACAAGGCCGGAGUGACAGCUGCUAAAGAGCCACUUCUGUACUAUGGAGUAUGUCCAGUAUAUGAGGAUGGCCUUGUGAGAAAUGAAAAGAUUCAUGUUUAUGAAGAUAAAAAGGAAGCAUUACAAGCCGUCAAAUUGAUCAAAGGGUCCCGGUUUAAAGCUUUUCCAACAAGAGAAGAUGCUGAGAAAUUUGCUAGAGGAAUAUGUGAUUAUUUCCCUUCUCCCAACAAAACUGUCUCCUCACUGUCUCCCGUGAAAGCAGUGCCACUCUUGAGUAGUGAUGGACUGAAAGCAGAUGGUCUGUGUCUGGCUGAAUCAGAAACAGUAAACAAAGAACGAGCAAACAGUUAUAAAAGCCCCCGUACACAGGACCUCACUGCCACGCUGCGGAAAGCUGUUGAGAAAGGGGAUGGACGCAUGUUUUCUGAUCUUAUCUGGAGUAAUCCCCGGUAUCUAAUUGGUUCUGGGGACAACCCAACCAUUGUACAAGAAGGAUGUAGGUACAAUGUCAUGCAUGUUGCUGCCAAAGAGAAUCAGGCUUUUGUGUGCCAGCUGACGUUAGAGACUCUGGAGAAUCCUGAAUUUAUGCGUCUGAUGUACCCAGAUGAUAACCAGGAUAUGCUGCAGAAGCGCAUCCUUUACAUUGUUGACCUUUAUCUGAAUACUCCUGACAAAGUGGGCUUUGAUACACCAUUGCAUUUUGCUUGUAAAUUUGGAAAUGUGGAUGUAGUCAAUGUGCUUUCUUCACACCCUUUGAUUGUGAAAAACCCAAAGAAUAAGUAUGGUAAAACACCUGAAGAUGUAAUUUGUGAAAGAAGCAAAAGCAAAUCUGUAGAGCUGAAAGAAAGGAUUAGAGAAUACUUAAUGGGUCACUACUAUGUGCCACUUCUGAGAGCAGAAGACACUUCUUCUCCUGUCAUUGGGGAGCUAUGGUCCUCAGACAAAAGAGCUGAAGCCUCUAAUGCUGACCACUGUCGAAGCAGCCCCAGAGAUCCUGUGAUGACACUGAGAGCUUUUGUGGGACCUCUGAGUCCAUCCAAGGCAGAAGAUUUUCGAAAGCUCUGGAAAACUCCACCUCGAAAAAAAGCAGGCUUCUUCCACAGCAUCAGAAAGUCUGACCCAGAACGAGGCAUUGAGAGAGUGGGAAGGGAGCUAGCUCAUGAGCUGGGUUAUCCCUGGGUUGAAUACUGGGAAUUUCUGGGAUGUUUUGUUGAUCUGUCUUCCCAGGAAGGCUUGCAAAGACUAGAAGAGUACCUUGUCCAGCAGGAAAUAAGCAAAAAGGCUCAACAAGAACUAGGAAAAAAUGAAGGCUGCCUUCAGAACAGAGCCUUGAGUUUUGGCAGUGGAAAGAAGUACAGCAAUUCCAUCUCUGUGGGAGCAUUUCUAGAUGGAGAUGACAACAUUAGCUUGGAAGAGAUUAAAAACCAGCAAAAUACAGUUCCGAGUCAGAGUCAGCCCACAAUUGAUAAAUCCCAACCCUCUGAAUGUGGUUCCUUUUCCUUGGGACACAAGGUGGACCCUGGAGAAGCCUCAGGUGGAUCUUGCCCCCAUAACAGCAAAAAUGGGUUUUGUAAACCUCUGAACAACAGGACCACAGGUGGAAGGGAACUAGAGGCCAGCAGUGGAGAGGAGACCCUUCCUGUUUCUAGUCUGACUCUAGAGUUUGAUAAAAUGAAUUUGUACAGUCUAGGAGAAAGCCUUUUUGAGACACCAAAUAAAAAUAGGAAACUACAGGAUGAGAUACUGGCUUCAAGAAAGGAUGUGGUAGGAAGUGACUUGCUGGCAUCUCCUCCUGCGGUAGCGAGACUUGAAAAUAACCAAGUCAGGACCAACAGUGAGGUAUCAGAGGCAAUGGCUGAAAUGUCUUUGGGCCCCAGCAGUCCCCAACUUGGGAUUCAGGCUGGUCUGGAACCUGUGUUCUCAUCUACCAAGGGAGAUUCCACCAAGAGGCUCUUCCUUUCUGGAGAGGAGCCAUCAAAACUAGAUCGAGAUGUUUUAGCAGCUCUGGAGUAUGCGAAUAUUGACCCUGAUCUGUACCCAGCUGUCCACAGGUGGAAAAGAACUGUCCUGUGCUACUCACCCUCAGACAGACAGAGUUGGCCAAGUCCUGCACUGAAAGGGAAGUUCACAACUGAGCUGUUGGAUCUUGGUUGCUGCUCAGGACGAUGCAGUCCAGCUGGUUGCAGCCCCAGUAAGCUUAGCCACACCACUUCCUCCUCUGGCCUGCACAGCCCCGGACGCUACAGUCCAGCACAUGGGAGCCACUUUCAAAGGGUGGCACACGUGGCCCGACUUGCAGCUCUGUAGAGCCAGCCAGUAUACUCACUCCUGGGGUUCAUUUACUUCUUUGUUUUUAAAAGAAGGGUAAUAUGUUUAUUGGUAAAAAUUCCAUGAAAGAAUGUAUUCUUAAUCCUCACUUUGAGGGUACCAGAAUUUUAGAAAAUACAAUGUUCUGAAUAUAA